CACAACAACGCACAGGUGAAAACGCCAGGUACGAGCACGAUCGCCGGCCUGCCUUAGCAGUUAGUCGCGCGCCGAUCUUGAACUUGAACGGCCACCGUAAGGGACGGCUCGAUUCCACGACGAAGCACCUACCAUUAACGCGUGUUUGGAUAAUUGUGCAUCUGUAAUCGAUUCAUCGGCACGAUGUUCUCCUGCGGACUGCUGAUCGCCCUCCUGAUCCUGUAUGUGAUCUGGGAUGUGAACUACUUUAUCCGAUGUGUGGCCACGCUCGGCUACGGGAUGCUGUUCCAGCGCAAACGGAAAGUGACGGACCAAACGACCAUCUACGGCCUGUGCACCACCCAGGAUGUGGACAUCUUCAUCCGACACAUGAACAAUGCUCGGUACGUCCGGGAGCUGGACUUUGCUCGGUUCCAUUUCUACGGUCUGACCGGAAUCUAUGGUAAAAUCAAAGCGAAGGGUGGUGGUGCCGUGCAGGGAGCAUCCAGCGUCCGCUACCGGCGAACCAUUCCGAUCUUCAACGCGUACAAAAUCACCACCAAGCUGGUGUGGUGGGAUGACAAAGCGAUCUACUUGGAGCAGCAGUUUGUCACGCUGGCCGAUGGAUUUGUUCGGGCGGUGGCAAUGUCCAAGCAGUGCAUCACCAAGGUGAACGUGCUGGAACUGAUGAAGGAAUUUCCCGGCGUGGAGAAGCAACCGGAGAUGCCGGCCGAGUUGAACCAGUGGUUGGAAUCGAUCGAAACCUCCAGCCAGAAGCUGCGAAAGGACAAGUAGGUAGGUUGCGCGUACCUGGAAUGAGGAUUUCGGAUCAAGGAUGGUCGAUACGUAAUGAUUGGAAUAUUUAUUGCAUUCCCGUGGAGCGGUGUAUAUAGAUUUAAUAAUACAAAAAUCUUGAAUAUUUAAAACUGACUAAAAUGCAUUGCCCCAAAUAAAUAGCUGUUUUCCCGGUAAA